UUCACCGAUUUUGGCCGCUGGUCUGGGGUUCUGCGAGAUUGGAAACCGCGGAGUUUCCUUGCUGGAGGCUGUGGGCGCGCUGGGUUGGUUUGUUAGUACUGGGCCGGGGCGGCGGACAAAAGCUAACACCCGAGGGCAAAAUGAGGUGUCUCUGAAGCCAGUAGCCCCUGCCAUGAAGAAGAUUUUUGGUAAGAAGGGCGAGUCGCCCUUGGCCUCCUUCUCCGGCCGGCGGAGGACCGGCGCGGGUGUCGGCUGUGAGCAUGGCAACGGCGUCUACUCGCAGCCCGGGUACCACGUCCGGGACAGGGACCUCGGCAAGAUCCACAAGGCCGCCAGCCUGGGUCAGGUGGCGAAAGUGCAGCAGAUCCUUUUGCUGAGGAAAAAUGGCUUGAAUGAUAGAGACAAGAUGAGCAGGACUGCUCUACAUUUGGCCUGUGCCAACGGCCAUUCAGAAGUUGUGACGCUCCUGGUGGACAGAAAAUGCCAGCUUAACAUGUGUGACAGUGAAAACAGGACAGCUCUGAUGAAGGCCGUACAAUGCCAGGAAGAGGAAUGUGCAACUAUUCUGCUAGAACAUGGUGCAGAUCCAAAUCUUACAGAUGUCCAUGGCAACACUGCUCUCCACUAUGCUGUCUACAAUGAAAAUAUACCAAUAACAGCGAAACUGCUUUUACACAAUGCAAAUAUUGAAGCAAAAAACAAGGCUGAACUCACACCGCUUUUGCUUGCUAUAAAUGGAGAAAAACAGCAAAUGGUGGAAUUUUUAGUACAGAAAAAAGGAAAUAUAAAUGAAGUCGAUAAGUUGAAAAGCAAUUACCAACUAAUUUCUGAAUAUAAAGAAGAAAAGAUACCUGAAAAUCUUUCUGAACAUAGCAAUUCAGUGGAUGGAAGUUCUGAAGACUCUUUAAGCAGGCUUUCUGAUAAACCGGGUAUUGAUGAUUCGUGGCCUACCUCAGAUGAUGAAGACUUUGAUUUUGAUACCAAGAAUGUCCCCAAACCAAGUUUAACAAAGCUAAUGACUGCUUCUCAGCAAUCCAGGAAAAAUUUAGAAGCACAGUAUGGCACUGUGAAGACAGAAAGUACAAUCUUGAUUGAGGAUAGGAAUUCUCCAAGGGAAGAUGUGGUUGAAGGCCUUUCUGCUAGACCAGUCAAAGUCCAGGCCUUUGCUCAUCCUGCCUUUCCAUCACCUGGCCCUCGUCCUAAUAAACCUUCCCUCACAUCUCUGGCAAACCUUGGUCUUACAGCAGAGGAAGGAACAGCAAAGCCAGCAAUUGGAAAAAAAGAAAAUGGUAUCGGUAUUGCUAGUCCUAUAGUAGAGCAAACAGAUGACAAUUUGACUUUGGAUGGAGUGCGCAAAAAUAAUAGAAACGAUAUGAUGUCUGCAUUAGGAUUAGGACAAGAAGAAGAUACAGAGUCACCUUGGGAUUCUGAGAAUGACCAGGAAGCUGGAAGUGGGAGUAUUUCUGAGAAUCUUCCACAGAAGUAUGUUGAUAAUUUAUCUGGGGCUGCAGAUCAAAAAGAAGAUGACACAGUAAAUGGACAAGUAGAAGAUGUGUUUUAUAUACCUUCUUGCAUGAGUGGAUCAAGAAACUUUAAGAUGGCUAAGCUAGAGGAUAGAAGAAAUGUAGACAUACCAGUACCUCACAUGGAGUCUCCUAAGAAAUUUCCUCACUUGAAGCCUACCAUUGAAACGAAAGACUGUGUUCUGAACAAAGCAGUAGGAAUAAAGGACAAACACACAUAUGGAUCAGCAGAACGUGAUUUAGAAGUGACUUCAGAGGAAGAGCAAGAAAGUCUUGAAGGAAGGGAAAAUAACCAGCCAUGGGAUAAAGUUAUUUUAAAAACAUGUACCCUGACAGAAAAGACAUCUGAGAAACAAAACAAGCAAAUUAAUCUUCCACAUUUACAUCUGCAAAAAAAGUCUCAAGAACCAGAAAUGGAUAAGGAUUGUGAUAGAGAGAAUAUAUCUGUAUAUUCAAGACUUCUUUGUGUGAAAAAGGAUGAGGAAAUGUGGAUCAAACAAGGCAAAUUAGAGUGGAAAAAUAAAUUGAAACUCAGCACAAAUGAGUUAAAGCUGAAGUGUGGUGAAAUUAGUGAAAAAUACAAAAUUCCCACUUGUCCUGAGGAAGAGCCACUGCGUGAUAAUGCUAAAGGAGGAGCAGACUUAAAGGAAAUGCCUUCUAAUUUGACAAAUAAUAAGCUCUAUUGUGAGAAAAAAGAUACUGAUAUCUCUGUGGUAUUUCAGGCAUUUCUUGAACAAAAUGAGCCUAGUCUGACAAAUGGCUUUCUAUCUCCUUCAGACUCUGGGGCCCUGGAAUACUCUUUCCAGUCAUCUUCUAAACUUUAUUUAAAUGACAAUAAAUUAGACAGUGAAAAUAAUAACAACCCAGACACUGAACAUGUUUUUAACACAAAUGAGGAGAAUUUUUGUAAUGAUACAGAAACUAAAAAAGUAAGGAACCCAGAAGUAGUUACAGUUGAAAUGAAAGAAGACCAAGAAUUUGAAAUGCGAAUGACAGAAAGCAUGAACCAAAAUGCCACUAAUUGGACAUUAGACAUCGGACAUAUAUCUCAAUCUAGUGAUCCAAAAAGCUCUUUUGAUUUAUGGCUUACUCCCUUCAAAGAAAUGAAGCAUUUGAAUAAAAAAAAAAGACACAGUAUUUCAGCUGUUACAGACACUUUUAAGAAAACAAAACCAAUACAGGACUUGUUCCAGAAGCCAUUGUCUGAUAAUUGCAGUGCUAAUAACUAUAAAAGCAUGGAACCUGAAUUAGAGAAUGUGAGUUUUCCCUUGCUGCAUAGCGACAGAACAUCAAAAGUGUAUCUAAAAGAAGAAUUACAGCAAGAUAUGCAAAAGUUUAAGAAUGAGAUAGGCAUGUUAAAAGUAGAGUUCCUGGUUUUGGAGAAAGAAAAAUUUCAACUUCAAAAAGAGGUUGAAGAAGAAAGGAAGAAGCACAAAAGUCAGGAAAUGGACGUAUCAGAAAACCUAUAUGAUGGUGAUGAUGAUGAUGAUGGCGGAUUAAUUCAACAAAGAAAGAGUGGAAAAACUGAUAAUCAGCAAUUUAGUAGGAAAGAGAAGGAAAAGUGUGAUAGAUUUACCUUAAAACAAGAAGAAGAGAAGAGAAGGAAUGCUGAUAUGUUGUAUGAGAAAAAUAGGGAACAGUUAAGAAGAAAAGAAGAGCAAUAUAGAAAAGAAGUUGAAGCAAAACAAGAACUUGAACUCACUCUCAGAACACUAGAUAUGGAAUUGAGGACUGUAAGAAAUAAUUUGGAUCAGGUAGUACAAGAGCGAGAUGACACUCAGAGGCAACUUUCUCGAGAACAGAAUGCCAGAAUAUUACAAGAUGGGAUUCUGACAAAUCACCUUUGCAAACAAAAGGAGAUAGAAAUGGCUCAAAAGAAAAUGAAUUCUGAGGUUUCUCAUAGUCAUGAAAAAGAAGAAGACCUGUUGCAUAAAAAUCACAUGCUGCAGGAUGAAAUUGCCUUGCUACGACUGGAAAUAGACACGAUAAAAAUUCAGAACCAGGAAAAGGAAAAGAAAUAUUUUGAGGAUAUUGAAAUUGUGAAAGAAAAGAAUGAUGACCUUCAAAAGACUAUAAAACUGAAUGAGGAAACAUUAACAAAAACAAUAUCCCAGUAUAGUGGACAACUUAGUGUUCUGACAGCUGAGAAUACAAUGCUGAAUUCUAAACUGGAGAAUGAAAAACAAACUAAGGAAAGACUGGAAACAGAAGUUGAAUCAUACCGUUCUAGACUGGCUGCUGCUAUACAUGAUUGUGAUCAAAGUCAGACGUCAAAAAGAGACCUAGAACUUGCUUUCCAGAGAGCAAGAGAGGAGUGGUUUCGAUUACAGGAUAAAAUGAAUUUUGAUGUGUCUAACCUAAAAGAUAACAAUGAGAUUCUUUCUCAACAACUUUCCAAAACUGAAAGCAAAUUCAAUAGCUUAGAAAUUGAGCUCCAUCACACAAGAGAUGCUCUCAGAGAAAAGACUUUGGUUUUAGAACGUGUACAAAGAGACCUUAGCCAAACACAGAGUCAAAUGAAGGAAAUUGAACAAAUGUAUCAGAAUGAACAAGGUAAAGUUAAUAAAUAUAUUGGAAAGCAGGAAUCUGUAGAGGAGAGAUUAUCUCAACUGCAAAGUGAAAAUAUGUUGCUUCGACAGCAACUGGAUGAUGCUCAGAACAAAGCUGAUAAUAAAGAAAAGACAGUAAUUAAUAUUCAGGACCAAUUUCAUGCAAUAGUCAAAAAACUUGAAACUGAGAGUGAGAAGCAAAGUCUUAUGCUACAAGAAAGAAAUAAAGAGUUAAUCAAUGAAUGUAAUCAUUUGAAAGAAAGACAGUAUCAGUAUGAAAAUGAGAAAGCAGAAAGAGAAGUAGUUGUGAGACAACUACAACAAGAACUGGCUGAUACCCUAAAGAAGCAGUCUAUGUCAGAGGCUUCCCUAGAGGUUACAUCGCGUUAUCGCCUUAAUUUAGAAGAUGAGACACAGGAUUUAAAGAAGAAAUUAGGUCAAAUCAGAAGUCAAUUGGAAGAAGCACGGGAUCAACAUGCAGAGGCUGUACGAUGUGCUGAGAAGACGCAGGAUCACAUGCAAAAGCUUGAAAAAGAAAAUUGCAAGUUAAAAGUUACAAUCAAAAAGCAAGCGGACAAAAUUGAGCGUCUUCAGAAAAACUUGUUAAGUGCAAGUUCAUGUGAGGAUGAAAAGGAAGACUUAAAGAAACUUACAGAGUUAAAACAAUCUCUGGAAUAUAACUUGGAUCAAGAAAUGAAGAAAAAUGAUGAAUUAGAAAAAGAAUUAUCCGGAUUGAAGAACCUUUUAAAAAUGACGAGAAAGAAGUUAAAUGAAUAUGAAAAUGGACAGUUUAGUGUCUAUGGAGACUUAAAAACCAGUCAAUUUGAAACGGAUAUCCAGAUUAAUAAGCUAAAACACAAGAUUGAUGAUCUUACAGCAGAACUGGAAACUGCAUCUUCAAAAUGUCUGCAUCUGGAUACAAAGAAUCAAACUCUUCGACCAGGAAUUUUUAUCUACUGAAAAACAAUACAGAAGAAAUGGAAAA